AUGGCCACCGAUCCCUCCCUCCAGGAUCCUCUCCUCGCCCUGCGUCGCGCUAUCGCAACGGGCAGUCUUCCUACCCCGACCACCUCCUCCGAUCUCUCCGACCAAAACGCGACCGAAGACCUCGCCAAAGCCACGCAUCUCUACUUCCGUGAUCCUCUCCCGCAGUCCAUUCCUCUGACGGCACCGACGCGGUUCGUCUCCGCCUCCUCAGACUCCGCGGUCGACCUCCGCAGUAUCUUCUUCGCUUGGCAGAAGAAAGAUGUCGCCAUUCCCGAGUACAUCGCCUCCGCACAGGAGCUGAACGAGUCGCUGAAGCAGAAGGAGCGCAAAGAAGGCGAGGAGGAGGAAAAGGUGCAGAAUCUCGUCUUCGUCGAGCGUCUCGACCUCAUCACCUGGCUCGAGGGCGCCUCCGAUGAGAGCGAGUACAUCAAGCCGUUAGAGGGCGCCGCAGCCGCCGCAGCGGCUGCCGCGAACGCGGCCGCCCAAGCUCAGGCCUCUGCGAACAUCGCCUCCGGCGCGGCGGGAGGUGUCUCUGCAGUGCCCAGCGGCGCGCCUGGGGCCGCUGCGCCGGCCGCAGGAGCUCAGCAAGGCCGUGCGGCGAAGGUGAUUGACCCCCGACUGCAGGAAAUCUACAACGGCGAACGCAAGAUGGGCGAUCGGAAUACCGUCCUACACGGCAUCAAACUGACGGACUUCUCGCACGUCCGUAAAACAGCAGAGACCUUCUUGGGACGCAACCGGUCCCGGCCGGGCCCGUACCCAGCCGGCGGCAAACCAGGCACCAAACCGCAGUCGAUGGUGCCCGCGCCGUCGGCAGGGCUGUCGCAGCCACGCAAAAGUUCCUCCAAGACGCAGGACCCCAUCAUCCUGCUGUCGCCGUCCGCGUCGUCGCUCAUCCGCAUGUCCAACGUGCGCUCGUUCCUCCAGGACGGCGUCUUCGUGCCCCCAGACCACCCCACCCUCGCCACCCCGGGCUCCAACAUCCUGUACAUCUCGCGCCCGCUGCGCUCCGCCGACCCGUCGAACCCGUCCGCCCGCCCCAUCGGCUCGCAGGGCUCGUCCCGCAAACCCACGCGCUUCAUCCUCGUCGACAGCACGGCCAACUUCCGCCCGGACUACUGGAACCGGCUCGUCGCCGUCUUCACCACCGGCCAGACCUGGCAGUUCAAGUCGUACAAGUGGUCCUCGCCGCCCGAGCUGUUCAAGCAUGCCAGCGGCAUCUACGUCGGCUGGCGCGGCGAGGAUGUGCCGCGCGAAGUCCGCGGCUGGGGCCGCGGUGUGCAGAGCUUUGCCGUCGAGCGAUGGGACGACAAGGGCGGCGUGCAUGGCGCGGGCCGCUGGCGGGACCGGGAGGUGGUCGAAGGCAUCUGGACGGCCAUCGAGGAGGGCAUGAGAUUGCGCGGAUGGGGUGCGAAAUGA